GAGUUCGAAUAGAUCACCAUGAGUUUAGAAGGCAAAGUUGUUAUAGUAACCGGGGCGAGUUCUGGUAUCGGUGCUACGACGGCAGAGGCUUUUGCCAAAGAAGGUUCCAAAGUGGUGCUCGUAGGACGAAAUGAAGCGAAUUUGAAGGCUACCGAAGCGGCCUGUAAGGCUGCCAACAGCAAAGGCGAACUGCUAUUAAUCACCGCUGAUGUCACAGUUGAUGCGGAACGUAUUAUAAACACAACAAUUGACCGAUUCGGACAAUUAGAUGUUUUAAUUAAUAACGCCGGCGUAUUUAAAAGUGGCCAUAUCUUGGAUAUUGAUGUCGAACAAUUUGAUCGCAUUUUAAAUACAAACAUGCGUUCCAUUUUCAUUUUAACGAAAAUUGCCGCACCACACUUGAUCAAGACUCAGGGUAAUAUCGUGAAUGUAUCUAGUGUCUCUGGUUUGUGUUCUGUACCCAGGGCUUCUGUCUAUUGCACCUCGAAGGCAGCACUGGAUCAAUUCACUAGAUGUUGUGCCUUGGAUUUGGCGCCGCAAAAUGUGCGUGUAAACUCUGUUAAUCCCGGUGUUAUUGGUACCGAUAUUUUUCGAAGUGGCGGCUUCUCAACGGAGAAAGUUCACAGCUUUUACGAACGUGCUAGAAAUUCACAACCACUGGGCCGUCUCGGAGAACCAAUGGAAGUGGCCGAUGCAAUUAUGUUCUUAGCUAGCAAUCAAUCAAGCUUUAUAACGGGAACAACUCUGUCCGUCGACGGUGGCAUGCGCGCUUCUUAAUUGUUUAUUGAAUUUUUUUUCGUUUAUAUGUAUUUAUAAUAUUAUUUACAAAUAAAUAACAAAUUUUAUGUUUCGGCUAA